AUGUCGCUGAAUGGGUUGGACAAUCCUGCAGUCAAGGAAGCCCACGAGGCUGCGCUUGCCGAAUCUGGAGGAUGGUUCCUCCUAAAAUACGCCAGUCGUGAUGAGCUCGAGUUGCUAGGGCAGGGCACCGGCGGUAUCGUCGAGGUACGAAAUGCGAUUGCCGAGUAUGAAGAUAAGUCGCCGUUGUAUGGUUAUAUGCGAUAUAGGCGCCGCAAUGUCAUCCUCAAGUACCUGCCUGAGGGUUGCUCGAGGUUGGUUCAAGCUCGAGUAACCGUUCACUUCAAUGCCAUUUGCGAAUCCCUUUCACCCUACGAUACCGAGUUCUCGAUCGCCUCCGCCCCAGAGCUAAAGGACACCAAUCUUUCAGCCGCAUGCUCGCUGCAUACGUCGACAGCUUCCACCUCGUCCAUCACGGACUCCCUUCGCGAAAGACUAUUGGAGGAGGCUGCCGAGGAGGAAGAACAAGAACGAAAAGAGAAAGAGGCGGAAUCAGUGGCGGAUGAGGAACGACGGAACCGGGAAGAUCCCUUGAGUGGUGUUUCGAAGAACUCGGACCUCGCCAGCAACCCAGACGCAACACACGACGCCGAUGCCCGUUCUCUUGCCGGAGUUUUGCGACCCUCGUCGCCCACAAGCACGAUCGAUGACUCGGCGAGGCGCAUGUCCUCGCAGUCAUCUCGCUCUCGCCAAACUGAUUAUUACGGCUACGGGUCUUACAAGCCGCGCGUAAAGCUUGGACCGAGGCCGUCGGUGGAUAGCGUCGGACGACCGCGAACAGGAACAUCUGGAACGGGGGAGAACAGGCCGGUAUCGUCGAUCCCCGUAGGCCUCAAGGUUCACAAAGCCUUGAACAAAAAGAACCGAGCUGAAGAACAAGAUGAAGAACGGCUAGAGUCGUCGACAAUCAAGGAAGACGCAGAAAACAGAUCCCUGGCGGCCGAUUCGACAGCGGACCUGGUUGCUGCCAAGGCCACUGAAACCGAAUCCGCUCGGCCUAUUUCUAGUGGUGGAGUGGACGGUGAGAUGGCCCCGGCAUCCCCUAUUAAGCUAGAUAUCCCCACCUUGGCCCCGCCGCCGCCAACCAAGCAGACCGCCAUAACACCUGAGAAGGCACGGCUACUGAAGGCGAUGAAACUGAGAGAGAAAAAGAAAAAGAUGAGUUCGAUUUCCACGCCAACAAUUACUACUGAAGGUGCUGGCGAAGAACCUUCUGCGCCAAGCUCACUCCAGCUUUCAGAACCACCCUCAGACGUCACAACACCACUGGCAACCCACGAGAGCGCUAAUCAGGGGCUCGCGGAUGGUGAAGCCCAAUCGUUGCACAACCCCUUAAUAACCACUUCCCAGGGCGACUCGGGAGUGGACAGGGAGGUCGCUGGCGGAGAUCAUUCGCCAGUUGAUACGCGCACGGAUUCUCACCCAACUUCACCCGUAGCAACUGUUGCGACCUCAUCAGAUUUGGGCGAAUCUACACAAGCUUCUUCUCUUUCGGAAUCUACAGAUGAAACCGUUCUCGCCGACCAGGAACAGAGCCUCGAAGGCGCCCCAACAUUGCCCGAACAGCCUGCAACUAUGAGUGCAGCUGCACCUACUGAAGAUCGGACUGAUGCACCUCCCGCGCAGUCAGUUGAGGAUGUCGAAAAGGAGGACGAGCUAGCGGCGGAAACCAAGGCGGACUCGCAAGCCAGAAACAGCCAGGAAGAAACGGCCAGAACGCCUGAAACUGUGGUUAAGAGUGCUGCGGCAGGGGAGGAAGGAGGCGCAGCUUUGGCACCGGCUUUACCGAUAUCUAAGUCCUCCGGAUCAAACGACGCAUCUCGGAAUGCAGAGGGAGAUGCAGACAACCAAGCAGCAAUUUCCCCAGAAUUGAAAGCAGAAACCACACCAGAUGUCGACAACAACUCUGCUGCAGCCACAAACGCCGAAGACCACGGAUCACCAUCGUCUGAACUUCCAAUACCGAUUUCCAGGUUUUCGACCCGGGACAGCAAACAUUCGACCGAUGAGGCCAACCGGGAAGUUCCAGAAAUUAUUACGCCAGGCCAGGGUGAAGUGCCCGAGGUGAACGUGUCUUCCCAGGAAGGGCAAUCUGAGGCUCCAGAGCGGCGGGAAUCAUUGGCUGUCGAGACUCCCCGGGCGAGGCCAAAGUCUGCAUUCGAGCCUCUUCGACCAGGUUACGAUGGAGUGGACAGGGACAAGCGGUUAUCGAUGAUCGGCUUUUCGGAUGACGACAGGCUUAUGGAUGAGUUGCAGUCGGCGACCGUACAAGAAGCCAAGCCGAUCACCGUGUCAAAGCCACCUGGCUCAUUGUCCCCUGGUGACGUGUCAUACAAGAGAAGUUCGAUGAUUGAGACUGGUUCAUCCGCACCGCGAUUCUCGAGGACUGUAUCCAGUCCGGUUAGGAACACGUUGCUUUCGCCUGCGAAUGUCCAAGCUAGUACAUCCAGAUCUCUCUCGACCAGUGCUGCGUUCCUCCAGAAAACGGGACAGCAAGACAUAAGGCCAGUAAGCGGCAAGAUUGGCUCGAGCAUCUCGCAGCGAAUCAAGGCACUUCAGACAUUGUCCGGUUCCCCUGCUGGGCCGCCGGACCCCGCUCCCAAAGAGCGACCUGCUACUACUUUCUUCGCAGUUCGGAAACCCAGUGUGCGCGAGACACCGUCAAGAUCACCAUCCGUCGCCGAUAGAGCAUCAUCCAUCACGGGAGCCAGGACAUCAGCAAAUCCGCAGUCGCAGAUUGGUAGGUCCGGAUCCGUACAAAAUCGACUUUCCAUGUUUGAGGGGGGAGCCGUACCAAGGGGCAGGCCUGAUCCGGUUCAAGUGACCGCCCGCAUAGUCCGAACAGAUCCAUACAAAGAGCCUUACCAAAAAUUCCCAGAGUCGAAGAAGGCUGACCCAGCGGAUUUUGUGCGCUUAGAACUGAAGCAGUCUCCGUUAGAUAUGCAGUCCGGUGAACAUUCCGCCCCGUCGCAAACCGCGCCAGAGUACCAGUCCCAGUCCGAGGAACAGCGUACUUUCUCGAGGAAGGGAGGGCCAGAGAGUGUAAUGGCGGAGGACGAUGCCACCUCUACCAAACGCUCUGGCAUGGCGGUCGUUAAGGAGUUCAUGAAGGACCGACUUGGCAAGGGCCCAUCGUCGGAUGAGUUGCCUGCCGGUCUUGCUUCGCCCCGAUCGCCGUCCUGCCAGUCGACCGUCCAGGCCGCCCCGUCAUUCAGGUCGUCUCGCCGCGAUAGUGUUGGAAGCAAGGCGUCGUCAAUCGAGCACGGUUCUCCAUAUCACGGGGAAGAUGGGCGACUUGGAUCUAGUCACUCGAACGCUGAUUCUACUCUCAGCCCAUCCAGCGGCAAGAAGGAUGGAAGUCGUGCGUCGCGCUUUAUGCGCCGCCUGUCUAACAUCGUCCCCAACCGCAAGAACGGCCAGCCGAACAUUUCACCCACUCUUGUCGAGGAGGAUGUCGCCGAAGUCCAGCCCGCGAGGAAGAACCCGAUGUCUCCCCCUGAAGUACGGACGGUCAUUCCCCAGCAGCACAGAACGCCUCCCCAGCCUUCUCGCCAGGCUCAACCGCCAGCACCUCAACCACAGGUGCAGCAGCCACCUCAGCCAGCCUCGCAGCCUCAGCCGCCGACCAUCGUCUCGUUUAUGGGCGACGUUAACGUCCAGUUCCCUGACACUCUGCUCUGGAAGCGUCGGACCGUGUGCCUCGACAGCCACGGCUUCUUGAUCCUGAGCCCAGCGCAGAACGUCUCGGCCUCGCUCCAGGCCCAGGCUGUCAAGCGAUUCCAUAUGAGCGAGUUUAAGAUGCCCUAUGAGCCGGAGAUGGAGAUGCAAGAGCUGCCUAACAGCGUGGUUCUUGACUUCAAGGAGGGCAGCGGGUUGCAAAUUGCUUGUGGAGAUAGGACCGGCCAGCUCACUGUUUUGAAGACACUCCAAGAUUCUCACAGGAACCAUGUCAACUUUGGACAAUGA